CUGAAACAUCAAGAGAAAUCAGUUCUCGUGCGAAUCUAGGACGAUUAGGAUGAUCGUUUCCAAUACGAUUCUGCUGUGUGCCUUAGCUGCCGUGGUUGUGACAGCGGAACGGCCUCUUUCCAAGCAGGCUGACGUGGAACCACCACUUAUUGCACCGGAAGCGACGAAUGAAGAUACCUCGGAACUAAGCCCGUUCCAGGAAGUGGAUAAUACGUAUCGUCUGCCUAAGACUAGCUAUCCUACGCACUACGAUAUUGAACUAAAAACCGAAAUUCAUCGUGGAGACCGCAACUUCGAAGGAACUGUACAAAUUAAUCUGAAAGUGGUCGAACAAACCAAUGACAUAGUUGUACAUCAUCGAUCACUGGUUAUUCAAAAUGCUGAACUUGUUCCAGUAUCAGAGGAAGGAAGCCCACUGCUGAUAGAUUGGUCAUAUGACAGUAGAGUUGAACAACUCACAUUCCACAGCGAGUCACCUCUCAAUCCGGGCGAAUACAAGUUGAGCAUUACAUUCACUGGACGACUUUCUAAUAACGAGGAUGGAUUCUACAUUUCAUCAUAUACCGAUAACGAUGGAUCUACAAGAUAUUUGGCAACCACUCAAUUCGAGUCCACAAGUGCCCGUAUGGCAUUUCCGUGCUAUGACGAACCAGGUUUUAAGGCAAAAUUUACUCUUUCGAUCCGACAUCAUUCUUCUUACUCAGCUCGAUCGAAUAUGGAGUUCAUGAUUGAUCCACAGGAUGACGACUACGAAAUCACCUCGUUUGGAACUACUCCUUUAAUGUCCACAUAUCUACUGGCAUUCGUAGUGUCAGAUUUCGAAAUGGUAGAGUCCUCCGAUCACAGUGUCUACGCACGUCCAAAUGCUAUCGAUGAAGUGAAAUUUGCUCUAGAUGCCGGAGAUCAAAUCCUACAAGCUCUCAACGAUUAUCUCGACAUUGAUUACUAUGACUACAUGCCUGAAAUGAAACAGUUUGCCAUUCCUGAUUUUGCAGCAGGAGCUAUGGAGAACUGGGGCUUAGUUACAUACAGAGAGCAAUAUCUACUAUUUAAUCCUGAACUAAGUACUUAUCGCACAAAAACCAAUAUUGCCACUGUUAUUGCUCAUGAAUUUGCUCACCAGUGGUUUGGAAACCUGGUCAGUCCCGAAUGGUGGGAAUACAUUUGGUUGAAUGAAGGAUUUGCCACGCUCUACGAGUACUAUGCGGCGCACUUGGCGUACCCCAACGAACAAUACUGGGAACUUUUCAAUCCACAGGUUAUUCAGGCUGCAUUAGUCUCCGAUGGUGUGGAUUCAACCAGACCUAUGACCUGGAACGCAGCUACUCCAAGAGAAAUCUCGAACUUGUUUGACCGAGUAGCUUAUCCCAAAUCUGGAAGUGUACUAAACAUGAUGCGACAUGUACUUGGAGAAGAAAAUUGGGCUAACGGUCUCCGGAAAUAUUUAUGGGAGAGAGAACUGAAAAAUGUCAAUGUUGAGCACUUGUAUGAUGGACUACAGGAAGCAAUUACAGGGCAAACUAUCCUACCAAACGGGAAGACGGUUAAGUCAAUUAUGGAUACCUGGACAACGGAGAAGGGUUACCCAGUUUUAAGCGUGCGACGAUCAUACGAUUCAGGAGAUCUUAUAAUUUCCCAAGAGAGAUUCGUAUCUGAUCGAAAAGUUCCGAAUACUAACGUAUGGAUGAUUCCGUACAACUACGUCGUUCAAUCUAAAGCCGAUUUCAGUAAUCUGUACUCGUACGACUGGUUAUCCACGAAAGCAUCCCGACUGAAGGCUAAUGUACCAGAAAACGAGUGGAUCAUUUUUAACAAACAACAGGUUGGAUUUUAUCGUGUUAAUUACGACACUAGGAAUUGGAAUUUGAUCAUCGACGCUUUGAUAGAAAAUCAUGAUAAUAUCCAUCGGUUGAACCGAGCCCAGUUGAUCGAUGAUGCCUACUGGCUAGCACGAUCCGAGCGACUUGAUUUUGAAAUUACAAUGAAAUUAUUGCUCUACCUGAAGAACGAAAUGCACUAUGCCCCUUGGGUUGCCGCCAGCAAUGUGUUUUCGUAUUUCAACAGUAAAUUACGAGACACUCCAGCAUACGAUCAUUUCUUGAUUUUAGUAAACAGUCUGAUUAAAAAUGUGUACUCAACGCUUGAGGUUGAUUCAGUUCCCGAAGACGAAACAUUACUAGCCAAAUAUUUGAAACAAACCAUAUCCACGUGGGCUUGUAUUGCCGGAAACACAAACUGCUUGGAUCGAACUAAGAAAGCCCUCACUAAGGAGGCUGUGGACGGAGUGAAGGUUCACCCCGAUGUUGCCAGCGUUGUCUACUGCUAUGGUAUGCGAGAGGCUGGAGAGAAAGAAUUUACAUACCUCUACAGUCGAAUCUAUCCUACACAAAACUGGGCUUUUAGGACGAUGAUAAUCGACUCGUUGGGAUGUUCAGAGAACAAAGCUUUCCUGAAGAGCUUCCUGGAAACCGCAAUCGGUGGCUCUGGUGCUGGUGUCGAAAUCAACUAUAAGAGUAGUGAGCGCACACGAGUUGUUCAAUCGGUUUAUUCUGGUAGUCGUUCCGGAGUCGAUGCCCUAAUUGAAUUUUUGAUGGAUUCAAAUAAGGCCAAUGAUUUUGUCAAUAAACUCGGAAUCAACACCCUUAAUUCUGCUAUUGCAAACAUUGCCUCUCGGACGAAUACAGUGGAAGGAUUGAACAAACUAAAUGCCCUACUGACUAGUUUGGGACUGUACGUUUCCUCUGACAUCGCAACUUCUGCUCGUGCUUCGGUCCAGAAGAACUUGGAUUGGCAAGAUAGCUACGAAGGAAUGAUAACAAGCAGUUUUAUCACUGAAUACGCGGAAUCAAUUGUUGAGGAUACUACUACCAGCUCUGCAACUACUACCACUACUAACGGUGGAUCAACUACAACCGCACCAGGUAGUACCACUACAAUGGAAACCCCGUCUACUACACCGGGUGGAGCAGCUACCAUCACAGUAUCCGUAAUCUUGUUAAUCGCUACACUUUGGAUUUCACUGCUUAGCUGAAUUGUUUUUAACCUAAUAAUAACAAUUUCGAAGAUUUUAUUCGUACAUUCUGCCAUGGUUGGAAUACGAGCAGAACACUGUAAUCAGUCGAUCAUUCCGCAAGGUGUUCACAUAAAACUAUCAGAGUUGUUAAUGUAAAAUACUAAAUAUGUAAGAUUUGCUUUCGACUUGAAAUAAACAAUAAGAUAGUUACUAUGCAA